AAAUCCGGAAUAGGGCGGAUUGAAGUCUGCGGACACGGGUUACAGUCCCCGUCUGGCUGUGGACCUGUGGUUCCGGCUCUCCUUCGGGGGAAAGGUGGAAGAAAGAGGGGGGUCAAAUAGAAGGACGAAUGCAGGCGGCGAACGGGAACUGCUCUCUCUCCCUUCCUCUUCCUACGCGCACUUCGCGAUCACCUUCGCCAUCUCUCUCUUUUCUUCUCUCUUGCUCGUUGUUUCUCUGUGAUCGAUCCGGAACCUUCGACCGCCUGUCCCUAGCGUUUGGGACCAUUUCCCACGUUCCUUCCUAGGGUUUCUUAUCCCCGAUGUGUUUCCUGCACUGCUUCUUAUGGUUUGCUUGGCUGAGCAGGGGAUCCCUCUGAAUUGAGGGUUUGAUUUGUUUUCUUGCUUGGGGGUAAAAUCUGGUUCGCUUGGGUUGUUUAUCAUUUGUGGCGUGGGGUGUCUGUCUCUGAAAGAUAUCCGGCUAAAUUGGAGUCUUGGUCGGAGAAUUGUGUGCCGUUCUUUAGGGGGCUUGGUGUUGGAAAUUGUGGAGUUUGGUAAUUUGGGCCGGUUUCUGCUGAUAACGUGUCGGAGCUGGGAGCAUCUGGAUUCGUUUGUGGGAAGUAUUCGUCAUGGAUUCCGUGUCAAGUUGCAAGGAAAAGCUUCAGUAUUUCCGAAUAAAGGAAUUGAAGGAUGUUUUGACUCAAAUAGGCCUUGCGAAGCAAGGAAAAAAGCAGGAUCUUGUUGACCGUAUUUUGGCACUUCUUUCUGAUGACCAAGCUUCAAAAAAUGCUUGGGGAAGAAAACACUCUGUUGGGAAGGAGGAAAUUCUGAAAAUAGUUGAUGACACCUACAGGAAAAUGCCAAUCUAUUUUGCUUCUGAUCUUGCAUCAAAGGGCCAUAAUAGCUCAACUUUGAAUAUAGUGAAGCCAAAAGAAGAAGUAGAGGAUCAUGCUCUUUUGGAUACGAAGAUCUGUUGUCCAUGUGGGAGCUCAUUUAUGAUGGAAUCGAUGAUUCAGUGCGAGGAUCCAAAAUGUCGUGUUUGGCAACAUCUCGGUUGUGUUAUUAUUCCUGAGAAACCUGUUGAGGGUGUGCAACCACAAAUUCCCCUUCAACACUAUUGUGAAACUUGCAGGCUUAACCGUGCUGAUCCGUUCUGGGUUACCUUGGGGCAUCCACUACUUCCAGUAAGAUGGGCAAAUGCGAUUGCGGCAACGGAGGGGAGUAAUCCUUUGUAUACUGUGGAGAAAACAUUUCAGUUAACAAGAGCAGAUCGUGAUUUCCUCCAGAAAGCUGGACAUGAUAUCCAGGCCUGGUGCAUCCUUCUCAAUGAUAAAGUUUCUUUCCGGAUGCAGUGGCCACAAUUUGUUGAACUGCAGGUCAAUGGAGCCACAGUUCGUACAACCACUAGGCCAGGCUCUCAAUUACUGGGAAUUAAUGGCCGUGACGAUGGUCCUGUUAUAACUCAAUGGAGUCGAGAAGGAAUAAAUAGAAUAUCGUUAUCAGCUGGUGAUUCUCGGGUAUUCUGUUUUGGGGUCAGACUUGUAAGGAGGCGCACUGUUUUACAGGUUCUUAGUCUUAUUCCAAAGGAGUCAGAGGGUGAGAGGUUUGAAGAUGCUCUAGCUCGUGUUCGUCGUUGUGUUGGUGGCGGUGCAGAGAAUGCAGGCGAUAGUGACAGUGAUUUGGAAGUGGUAGCAGAUACAGUACCUGUGAAUCUACGUUGCCCUAUGAGUGGAUCCAGGAUAAAAAUUUCUGGAAGGUUCAAGCCCUGUGUUCACAUGGGCUGCUUUGAUCUUGGAACCUUUGUAGAGCUAAAUCAACGUUCAAGAAAGUGGCAGUGUCCUAUAUGUCUGAAGAACUACUCGUUGGAAAGCAUCAUCAUUGAUCCAUAUUUCAAUCGCAUAACCACUAUGAUGACGGAUUGUGGGGAGGAUGUGACUGAGAUUGAGGUGAGGCCAGAUGGUGCUUGGCGUACCAAGAACGAGCCAGAUCAUAAAGAUCUUGGACAGUGGCACCUUCCUGAUGGUUCUCUUUGUUUACCUACUAAUGGUGAAGUGAAACAUGAUAAUGACAUGUUUAAAAAACAAGAAGGUGCUUCUGAACGUGCUAGCUUGAAACUGGGAAUCAGGAAAAAUCGUAAUGGGGUUUGGGAAGUAAGCAAGCCUGAUGAAUUUUGUACUUUGUCAUCUCCAAAUUAUGCAUCUGACGAAUUCAAACAAAAGAUCAUGGCCAGGAGCAGCAGCACUACUGGCAGUGAUAGAGAUGGUGAAGAUGGAAGUGUUAAUCAAGAUGGUCAUUUUGACUUCAUAAAUAAUGCUAAUGAGCUGGACUCAGCAUUUUUGGAUCCUGACAUUUUUGGGAUGGGCAAUAGGGUACCAAAUUCUAUACCAAUGGAGACAGAUAUCAUAGUUCUUAGUGAUUCGGAUGAAGAUAACAGGGAGAAUUUAAACGUCAUGCCAUCUACUGUUGGUGUUAGAGGGGUCUAUGAAGCUGCUCAAAACGAAAGCCGUGUAAAUCCUUUCACUGUUCCUUCAACCAGUGUCGCAGAAGCAUUCCCUCAUGGUCAGGAGCUUGGAAUUUUCCAGAACAAUGGUGAUGAUUACAAUAUCUGGGACUGCCCUCAGAAUGGUGGGUUUGAUUUUUUUGGUGCAGAUGCUGAUGUGCCAGUCGCAUUGGUUGAUGUCCACCCAUCCGUUGUCCGUCCUACACCAAUAAAUGGUUAUGAGUUGGCUGCAGAAAUUGUGCCAGAGGGUUCAAGAAUUGAAGGUCUUGCUUCCCAGGCGGAACCUUCACUUGCUCAUUUGAACAAUGGAAUCAAUAAUGUUCUAGAUAACCCUUUAUCCUUUGAUGCUGAUGACCCUUCCCUACAAAUCUUUCUCCCUCCUAGACCUGUUGGUACGUCCAUGGAAGCUGAUUGCAGAAAUCAGACAACUGUUCCAGAUGAUGUUCAGACUGAAGACUGGAUUACACUUAGUCUUGGUGGUAAUAAUCAUGAAAGGGAGCCAUUAAAUGGUGUUCAUUCAAGGCAACCAAUCACCGUGCAGGAGAGCAGGAUGGAUGCCUUAGCAAACACAGCUACUAUGUUUCUAAGCAUGAAUGAGGAGAAAGCACCGGCAGACACUCAGAGAUCUGAGAGUCCUUUUUCCCCACAGCAGCACCAACGUUCUGUUAGAAGAAGGUUGUAUCUUUCAAUAGAUACUGAUUCUGAGUAGACUGCUAACCUCUUUUUCAUGAACCUUGCCGCUUCUGAUCGGUGGUGCUGGCCCAAUCCGUGUGCAGCAUGUAUUGAUGGAAUUUGUCACACUUUCAUUGAAGGAUCGUACUGAGAUCUGCUUUGCCAGCACUCAUUCAGAUCAUGGGUGUUUUACUACUGGUGAGCUUAACGUGAUGGCAUUAUCAGCUUAUUUUGGUAAGAAAUUAUAUCAGAUUUUUUUUUUAUUCUACCUGCUUUUUGUCAACCAGGUAGAUCUCUUUCUAUCAUUCUCUCGGGACCUGGCUUAUAUUGCAUUGACUUGUAUAGUAAAACCUAGAAAAGCGAAACGAGAUGUAUAGAUGGUGUUCUUGGUGCAAGCCAGAAAAGGAUGCCUUAUGUAUGAUAUCUGUACAAUUUGUACAACAAAGGGAUCAAUACCAAUUCUUGUCAUUCUUAA